AUGUUCGAGACCCGCCAUGCCUCCUCCCGCUAUCGCCUCCGCCUGCACCGCGCCCGCUCCGUCAUCCUAACUCCCCAAGAACUCGUCGAGAUCCGCGCUGCACAACGCACCUUCGAGGGAGCCUACAUCCGGACGAGCCUGUCGCAGUUCAGCUUCGCAUUAGUCGUGCUGAAGAUUUUCACCUCCGAGUUCUACAGCAUCGGGGCGUUGUUUGCCGUCUAUGGCGCUGGUGUGUUGGGAGUUAGUGCUUUCCGGCGUAUGCAGGGGAACAGGCAGUUUUUCAGCGAGGUUGGUGAGGACGGGCUGAGUAGGAAGCGAUUUCGAACUAGUGGUAAUGUCGUCGUUGUUCUUACCAGCCUGAGCAUUGCGGCAUAUGUUACCUUGCUGGUCUUGACGCUGCGGUUACAAUGA